CCGCUCCGCGCACGCGCCCGCCUCGCCGCUGACAGCUGAGCGCGCGGCCGGAGCAGCUCGGAUGCACGACAGCAUGUCCACAAUGGUGUACAUAAAGGAAGACAAGCUGGAGAAGCUCACCCAGGAUGAGAUCAUUUCUAAGACCAAGCAGGUCAUUCAGGGGCUGGAAGCGCUGAAGAACGAGCACAACUCCAUCUUGCAGAGUCUGCUCGAGACGCUCAAGUGCUUGAAGAAAGAUGACGAGAGUAACCUGGUGGAGGAGAAAUCCAACAUGAUCCGCAAGUCGCUGGAGAUGCUGGAGCUGGGCCUGAGUGAGGCGCAGGUCAUGAUGGCGCUGUCCAACCACCUGAACGCUGUGGAGUCGGAGAAGCAGAAGCUGCGCGCGCAGGUCCGCCGGCUCUGCCAGGAGAACCAGUGGCUGCGGGAUGAGCUGGCCAACACGCAGCAGAAGCUGCAGAAGAGCGAGCAGUCGGUGGCCCAGCUGGAGGAGGAGAAGAAGCACCUGGAGUUCAUGAACCAGCUGAAAAAAUACGACGAUGACAUCUCCCCGUCUGAAGACAAAGACUCGGAUUCCUCCAAAGAGCCCCUGGACGACCUCUUCCCCAAUGAGGAUGACGACCCGGGCCAUGGGAUCCAGCAGCAGCACAGCAGCGCGGCAGCUGCAGCCCAGCAGGGUGGCUAUGAGAUCCCGGCGCGCCUGCGCACCCUGCACAACCUGGUCAUCCAGUACGCCUCGCAGGGCCGCUACGAGGUGGCUGUGCCCCUGUGCAAGCAGGCCCUGGAGGACCUGGAGAAGACUUCGGGCCACGACCACCCUGACGUGGCCACCAUGCUGAACAUCCUGGCGCUGGUGUACAGAGACCAGAAUAAAUACAAAGACGCGGCCAAUCUGCUGAACGAUGCCUUGGCCAUCCGAGAGAAGACACUGGGCAAAGACCACCCUGCGGUGGCGGCAACGCUGAACAACCUCGCGGUGCUCUACGGCAAGAGAGGGAAGUACAAGGAAGCCGAGCCGCUGUGCAAGCGCGCCCUGGAGAUCAGAGAGAAGGUCUUGGGGAAGGACCACCCUGAUGUCGCCAAGCAGCUGAACAACCUGGCCUUGCUGUGCCAGAACCAGGGCAAGUACGACGAGGUGGAGUACUACUACCAGCGGGCCCUGGACAUCUACCAGACCCGGCUGGGCCCCGACGACCCCAACGUGGCCAAGACCAAGAACAACCUGGCUUCCUGCUACCUGAAGCAAGGGAAGUUCAAGCAAGCAGAGACCCUGUACAAGGAGAUCCUCACGCGCGCACACGAAAGGGAGUUCGGUUCUGUCGACGAUGAGAACAAGCCCAUCUGGAUGCACGCCGAGGAGCGAGAGGAGUGCAAAGGCAAGCAGAAGGACGGGGCAUCUUUUGGAGAAUAUGGCGGCUGGUACAAGGCCUGCAAGGUCGACAGCCCAACUGUCACGACGACUCUCAAAAAUCUCGGGGCACUUUACAGACGUCAAGGCAAAUUUGAAGCCGCGGAGACGUUGGAGGAAGCGGCUAUGAGGUCACGGAAGCAGGGUCUCGACAACGUGCACAAGCAGAGGGUGGCCGAGGUGCUGGGUGACCCCGAGAGCGUGGAGAAGGGCCGGAGCCGGGAGAGCCUCCACGCCGAUGUGGUCAAGUACGAGAGCGGCCCUGACGGAGGCGAGGAAGUGAGUAUGAGCGUAGAGUGGAACGGGGAAGGCACGGGAUCUUUAAGGCGCAGUGGCUCCUUUAGCAAGCUCCGGGCCUCAAUUAGACGGAGCAGUGAGAAGCUGGUUAGGAAGCUGAAGGGAGGAAGUUCCCGGGAGAGUGACCCCAAGAACCCCGGCAUGAAGCGAGCCUGCUCCCUGAAUGUCCUUAACGUGGCCGGCGAGGGCGCGGAGGACCGUCUCCAAGAACGAAAUAAUUGUCUAGCAGACGCGCGAGUGCUGAGCACCAGCCACGCCGACCUGGCCCACGCGGCCGGCGCUAGCUAGACCCGGCGGAGGGAGCCGCCCGCCCGC